ACCAACGCAAAUCAAAUUCACUUGUGAGCUUUAGUAGUGAAAAAAGCGGCAAUGGCACUAGGUAGAAGCAUGAGCAGCACUGGCGCCGUUGCUCUUGGGUUGGUGCUAACCCUGUGCUUGGCAACCAGUUGUUUUAGCAAGACGGAGUGGAUAGUUGGAGGUUGGAAGGGAUGGACCUUUGGUGUUCAUGGCUGGGAGAAGAACAAGACCUUCUACCCUGGUGACGUGCUUGUGUUCAAGUAUAAUCCGAAGAUGCAUAACGUGGUGAUAGUGAAUAAAGACGAGGAGUUCUUCUGCAGGGCUGGUGCUGUCGGGGACGAUACAUAUACCUCUGGCUACGACAAGCUCGAGCUCAGUAGCCAAGGCCCCAUGUACGCCAUCAGCAGCAAACCUGGAGACUGUGAGGGCGGAAUGAAGCUCGAAGUUCACAUCACAACACAUAGAUGAUCCAUCUAUAGACUGUCUACUUGAUAUGCAUGUCUUUUUAUUUUUAUUAUAUUCCUCAAAUAAUGGAAGGAAAUCCAAAUUAUGUGCAUGCUCUUUGCCGAUCCGUUGUAAGACAUCUCUGAAAAUGAUGUAGACGGCACAACGGAGGUUGUGUGUGUAUUUCUUGUUUUGGCAAGUGGGCAAUUAUUCCCAAAGCGUAAUAUAUUUUCACCAAAA